CACUCUUCCCCUUGACUCCGUGUUGACCGAAAAUCUAGGAUCCCGCCCUGUGUAAACGUUCAAAUUCGCGUGCUUAACAGUGUAGUACUUGCAGGAUAGCUGUCUUGUGUUGUGGUCACAUUAAUGGUUUACCAUGGUGGUUACUACUAAGACUGAAGAUGUGCACAUUUCGAUUCGCGUAAACGGAAUCGAUUACACAGACUACUCCGAUACUCGCGUCAGGUGAGACAUUGCAGCACCGUUGCUUUGAUCUUGUGUAUAAAGCAUUGUGAUAAAGCCCAUCGGAAAGGGACAUAAGUGACCAUACAUCUCUGAAAGACUAAUAGAAGUAAGCUGUUCCAUCUAUGAAAAGUGAGACUUCAAAGGGACCUAGACCCUUGGUCGUGCGCUCAGACAAGAUGGCAAUCGUGGAUGCUAUUACGACGUCCCCUAUCGUGAAGUCCUUCAUCGCGGGCUCCUUCUCGGGAACCUGCUCCACCAUCCUCUUCCAGCCCCUCGACUUGGUCAAGACCCGCCUGCAGACCACCAUCGCUAUCCCAUCUGGUGGGUCAAUGGGCAUGAUAGCAAUCGUGGGAAGAGUUGUUCGCAAUGAACGCAUUUUUGGACUGUGGAAAGGUGUGACUCCUAGCAUCUUCCGCUGCGUGCCAGGAGUUGGCCUAUAUUUUUCAUCACUGAACUGGUUGAAAACUAACUUCUGUGAAGGCCAGCCUGGACCGCUCCAGGCUAUAACAUUAGGCGUAGUAGCUCGCACUAUCACUGGUGUCACAAUGAUACCCAUUACAGUCAUCAAGACCAGAUAUGAGAGUGGAGUUUAUAGCUAUGGGAGUGUUCGUGAAGCUAUGCGUUCAAUUUACACCAAGGAAGGGGCAAGAGGCCUGACCUGUGGCUUGAUUCCUACACUUUUACGUGAUGCACCCUUUUCUGGGCUCUAUCUAAUGUUUUAUACACAAACAAAGAAGCGUGUGCCGCAAAUUUACCUUGAGGGUAGCACUGCACCUCCUAUACAUUUUACAUGCGGAGUGGUUGCUGGAUUAAUGGCUUCCACAGUUACGCAGCCAUUUGAUGUGAUAAAGACCAAGAUGCAACUCUAUCCUCACAAAUUCACAUCCUUUAUGCAAGCUAUUAUUUACGUCCACAAGAAGUACGGACCACAAGGUUAUUUCAAAGGGCUGGUCCCGAGAAUGCUGCGUCGCACUCUCAUGGCAGCGAUGGCGUGGACGGUGUACGAGCAAAUUACGAAAAGUUUUGGUUUGAAGUAGAGGGCCAUAUUAUAAGGCCAUUUCCAGAAAGGAAAUAACAAUCUGCAGACAAUUCAUCGUUUCACAUCCACUCACCAUUGCUUGCUUGAGUGAUAGCACAUGGAAAAACUUGUUGGGAUGCAGUCAAGCAGUUUAAUUUUGAAAUCUGUCAUGUCGAGGAUGGUGUUGCUAACUUUUCAUAAUUUUUUCAAAUUGUGGUAUAGAUUUGAAGUUAGACUCAAGUUUUCUCUUCUGCUGGUGUGCUAAUUGUGGAUGUUUUUGUUUUUGUUUUUCAUUUAUGAAGCUAUAGUACAAUCAGCACUGCAGUUUUAUGAGAUUCAUAUGAAAUGAAUCAGCAUUCUGUUGCUAAAACAUAGGUUUUUAAUGGCAGUCAGUAUAGUAUUCUACUUUCUGUACUGUAGUUACUGUCCUUUCAUUUAUUUUCGGUUAUGUGAAAGAUGAUACAAAUUUACAAUUAAUGUUGCAUCUCCUUUUUUAAUGUUAGAUCUCAAAAUGUUCAGUUUAUAUGUCCAUUGUUAUAUACAAAAUCCAAAAUUCUUUGUAGGUGAUCUCUUGUGUUUAUUUAGCAUACAUUUCAUUCCUACAUCAAAUGAAACUUGAUUUUUUUUCUCUCUUCCAAACUUUUCCUUUACCCUAAUAUGCACUGCAGAGUUAUAUAUACUGUAUAUGUGGAAUUUAUUAAUAUGCAUCUCAACAUGGUGUACCAUUUCCCAUGCCAUAGCCAGCCAAUUCUGGAGGCCUGUGGUGUGAUCUUCUAAGAAGUAUGAAAAUGGUGCACCAACUUCUUGACUAACUAAAAUGUACCAAUUGUAAACAUGAUAUAUAAUGUUAUAUUGUGUAUUCUUUUUGCCUCAUUUUCGAGGUAGAAUCUUUUUACAAUAAAUAUUAUUUGUAUACUAUGCUAAUACAGUAAAAAUAGUAUUUUGACUGAAUAGCAUUUGCCUACCUAGAACUAUUCUCAAUUACGAGAUUUUAUAAUAUUUUGGAAUACUUUUACUACACACUGAACUUAUCUAAAGUAAUUAUUCUGUCUUUUUCCUCAAAAAGGAUUGUAAGAAUACAAAGAGGGGGGGGAGGGGAUUGCUUUAGGAAGAAAAUGUUUGUCAGUCCCCAAUAUUGUAAUGUCUACAUUAGAAGUACAGGACUGGAACAAUUUAAAUGGCACUGCUCCUUUGCAUCAUAUUCUUUAUCUCAUAUAUCAUUUAAGUUGUAAAACUUACAGAAAAGCAAACAGUAAAAGCUUUUGAGAAAAUGGAUAAUUGAAGUUAACAGUUAUUCUCCAGCUCAGUAACUUUAACAUUAUAUUAUUUUAUCAAUGCAUCAUAGUCCAUAGUUGAAGGACAAUCCUCUAACUUAAAACAAAAAAGAGCUAUCAAAAAUGGUAGUAAAAUAAUGAUUAUUAUGGGAGAAUAGAAGUUAAUUGGAAUUGUAUUGGACACUGAAAAUUUGUGCACAUCAUAUGUAAUAAUAGUGCAAAUUUUGUGGAAACCCUUCAAAUUACAUGAACAUGAAUGAAUGUCACUAUGAAAAUAUAAAUCUGCAUAUAUAUAUAUAGAGAGAGAGUGAGAGUAAAUGCACCAAAACAAUUUAUGCAGCAUGCAUCUCUCACAUAAAACAAGCACACGCACACACUUGCACACACAACAAAUGCCCAUAUAUAGUACAUCCAACAGGUUACAGUUUAAAAGAGUGUAUGUUAGUGAUCAACUAAAGAAAGGAAUAAACAAAAUAAAAUAAAUAUAUAAAUAGUAGUUUCCCAAAAUUUUCAAAAUAGUUUUCCAGUAAACAUUAAUGCUACAGCUGUAAUAGGCUAUCACAUAUUUAUUUCUAAAAAUCUGCUUAUACUGUAGUUUAAAAAUGUGUGAAAUCCAAAGUAACUAGCCAAAAAUUCAUAUUAGAGUUUCUUUAUUAUUUAUUAUAUCAAUCUACUUGCCCUGUCUUUAAUAUAAUUAUAUAAUUAAAUAAAGCUGAUUAGAACUAUUAUGAAAAAAUAAAAGUGCCCAUACUGUACAAUGAGCUGUUACUUUCUUUUUCAUCACAUCUAUAUGUUUUUACUUGGAUUUUAUACAUCCAAUGGUCUACUUUAGAUAAGGGAGAUGGUACAACUUAAUUACUUUCCAUUGAAGAUUAUGAAAUUACAGUUACACUUGUGCAUAGAAGUGCUGUGGUAGAAGCAAAGCAAUAACUUUCCAUAGUUUCUGUUGUAUUACUAAAAUGUAGAAAUAAUAAUUGUGAGAAAGAAAUGGCAAUACAAUUAAAUUGUAUAUUUAUUCUUGAUUCACAUUUUUUUCUCCAAUUUUACUACAAAUACAAGGACAAUAUUGAUAUAUAUGUUAUAUAAUUUUCUCUGAGGUCAGUGCAAAACCAAGAGCAAAAGCCUCUACUCUUGAAUCAAUGAUAAGCCCAUCUGCUGCAAAGUCUGAAAAAAAACACAAAACUGUACAGUGACAGUGUAUAGAAACCCAAAUGCUCUCCUGACAAAGAGCCACAAUUUCACAUUGCAUGCAGGCUUACUGGAUUUUAUCUAUUUAUCAUUUUUUUUUUCAGAUGGAAAGAUAAAUUGCAUUAUCUGUAACCAUUUCUAAUAUCAUGACAACAUAUACAUCUAUUUUUUGCAGUUAUGCAGCAAGAAAUGUGAAUGUAUGACUUUUCAUGUAUUCUAUGAUUAUAAAAUGACUCACUUAA